AUGACAGAUUUAAAUGAUACUAUACAUUUAAAUUGUACUAUACGUUAUUUAUUAAAUCAAACUAAUCUUAAUCCAAUUUCUAUAUUUGAUCGUUAUCCCCAAUGUGAAUUACAAAGAAAAUUUAUGCCAAUUUUUUUAUAUAUUGUAAGAAUUUUUAUGUUAAUUUGGUUACUAAGCGGAAUAUUUGGUAAUAUUAUAUCGUUUUUAAUAUGGAUAUCAAAACAACAAAGACGUAAAAAUAGUUCAGCUAUUUAUUUGGCAACAUUAUCCAUAACUGAUCUUAUCCUCAUAUUAUUAUUAAUUAAUUAUGAUUUAGAACGUUAUUGGUGUGUAAGAGGGGUGACAAUUAUCCCAGGUAUAUGUCAAAUUUUUCAAUGUUUAUUUAUAUUUACACAAUAUUAUUCUAUAGUUUUAGUAUUUGGUUUUACAUUAGAACGUUACCUGGCUGUAUGUUUCCCAUUUAAACGACAUAAAUUAUGUACAACACAAAGAGCUGUGUUGGCUGUUGUCAUUUUAUCUUUAUUCAUUAUUGGACCAACAUUAUCCCAAGCUGUAUUAUGGACAUAUGAUAAUGGUGAAUGUCGUAUGCGUAUUCAUGUUGCUAUGGAUGAAAGAUUUCAAACAUUAUUAUUUGUACAAGAGGUGGUAUUUUCAUUAGUUAUACCAUUAGCUACAUUAAUAUUUAAUAUUCUUGUAUUAUGUGAAAUGAGACGAUUAAUUAAAUCAAGUCAUCUAUUAAAAAUACCCAAAUAUCAUACUAAUAUAUCAUCAUCAUCAUCUAUGAAUACUACUCAUAAUGAUAAUAGUAGAUUAACAUAUAAACGUAUAAAUUAUAAACAAUUAUUUAAACAAAGGAAAUCCAAUACUCCUAUUACUACUAAUACUACUCAUAAUUUAAUAAGUAGUAAUAAUAAUACUACUAAUGAUAUAAAUGAUCAUAAACAUAUAAGUAGUAUCUAUUCUAAACAUAAUGAAUCAAUUGGUACACCAAAUUUUAGUCCAACUAAAACAUCUCGAAUGAAUUCUAUGGAUAAUAAUAAUAAUAAUAAUUCAAACAAGGAAUCAACACAAUUUAUAUCAGCUACAUUAAUGUUAAUCAUUCUAUCCUUUUAUUUAAUUGCAUGUACAGUACCAACUGGUAUUGUCUAUUUAAUACAAUUUCAUUGGUUACAACCAGAUGAUUGUUUAAAUGAUGAUGUAAUCCUACAAUCUAAUGAAUGGACUAUAUUCUUUCAACGGAUUACAACAAAAGGUUUAAUUGAUGCAUUAUGUGCAUCACAUUAUGCAUGUAAUUUUUUUAUUUAUUUUUUAACUUGUACUAGUUUUAAAAAACAAGUAAUGAAUAUUAUUAAAUGUAAAUUUAAACGAAUAAAUGAUUAUUACUAUACAGAUUAUGGUACAGAUACAUUAAUCUUAUCUAGACGUACAGCACCAAGAUCAUUACGUCAUUUAUCAGAGAAUGAUUUAAGCAUAGAUACUAAUCAUAAACCAUUAGUGAUUUAUAAUAAUAAUAAUAAUAAUAGUUCUGGUUAA